AACUAAGUAGAGACGACAGUUUUCAGUUUUCCACUGAGCCACUUGGUUGCUAUUAAAACGACCUCUUUUGAAACACUGUUCAACUUUAUAACCAAUAUGUCUUACGAAGAGGUCAAUCUCCACGAAUGUCUCGAACUGAUAACGAGACUCUCUCGACAUGCCGGCAAGAUUAUAAAAUCUCGAAUUAAUAAAAAAAAAACAAUAGAAACUAAAGCCAGUUCCAUUGAUUUUGUCACUGAAACAGAUCAAGAAGUAGAAAAAUUACUUAUUGAGGGAAUCAAACAAAAAUAUCCACAUCAUAAAUUCAUUGGAGAGGAAUCAUUUGCAGCCGGUAUUAAAGAAGAACUUACAUGUGCUCCAACUUGGGUUAUUGAUCCUGUGGAUGGCACCACCAAUUUUGUCCAUAGUUAUCCAAACGUUUGCAUAUCUAUUGGUUUGGUUAUCGGCUGUGAUAUUAAGCUGGGAGUUAUAUAUAAUCCUAUAUUGGAUAUGCUUUUUAGAGCAAUCAAAGAUGAAGGUUCAUUUUUAAAUGAUGAACCAAUUAAAGUCAGUGGCGUAAAACGACUUAAUGAUGCUUUGGUUGCUGUAGAAUUUGGUUCAGCUAGAUCUGAAGAAGUCAGGAGUAUUGUUAACCAUAAUAUCAAUUAUUUAGCAACAAAUGCCCACGGUAUUCGUUCUGGUGGUUCUGCAGCUUGGAAUUUAGCUCAAGUUGCUAGAGGUGGUAUUGAUCUCUACAUGGAAAUGGGUAUCCAUGCUUGGGAUGUGGCAGCUGGGUGCAUUAUUGUGAGAGAAGCUGGUGGAACUGUAAUCGAUCCAGCUGGUAAUGAUUUUAAAUUGAUGAAUCGGAGAAUUUUAGCUACAUCAUCAAUAGAAAUUGCUGAAGAAGUAUAUCCGAAAUUCCAACAACAUUAUUCAGAACACGAUUAG